AUGUCCUCAAGCUCGGGAACCCCCUACAUAUUUUCGCCCGCAGACCACAGCCAUCUGAUUCCGUAUCUUGCAGCCCUCCAUGCAUCGUGCAUCAGCCAUGACCGGACUCUGGCCACAUUCUUGCCGCCUCUGUCCCAUGAGAAGUUGCUGGGUUACUGGAAGGAGCGCAUUGCAGAGGUCAGUGGAGGCACUCGCAUGAUGCUCAUUCUCCUCGACGAGUCUGAGCCAGGAACAAAGCCCAAGGGAACAGAGCUCAUGGGCGUUGUCAUGCUCUGGAUGCCAUAUUCUGAGACGGGUCCUUUCCGCGGUUUUGUCGAGAAGCUUCUCAUCAGCCCAAAGUUCCGUCAGCGCGGCGGUGCGAGGAUGCUGAUCGCUGCUUUGGAAGGCGAGUCCAUCAGGAGGGGACGGACGCUAUUGAUGCUUGAUACGGAGGCCGGCAGCACAGCUGAGGAAGUAUGCAGAAAGUUCGGCUACAUCGAGGUUGGCAGGAUUCCCAACUUCGGCAUCAGCCCUGCGGUUCCACGACAGCUCAAGGAUGAAGUCUUUUUCUACAAGGCGCUUCAGUCUUAG